AUGAUAAAACGACCAGUUAAGCUUCGAAAUCACACCUGCUCCCAAAUUGAAUGGAACGAUGGCGAAGAAAGUCACAAUCUACCUCUGAAAAAAUUCCUGGCCAAACCUUGUCAAGGCCCCCUAACAGACUUGUGGACGGCUAGAUUCCCUGAACCGCUUCAUGAGCCUUUUGUUCCAGACCCGAAGACAGGAAUGCCGUCUGAUGAGGAUUGCGCAAAGUUUGCGUGGUCAGAAUACUAUUUUACCGAAGCUACCAGCGCUGCUUUCCAAAAUUUGUAUAACAAUACCGACGAUUUGUUGAAUAGCUGGGCCGCCUUCUGGGCUGAAACUGCCUUGGGGUUUAAAAGUUUCUCCAAUGUUAUUGGCUACGAGCUUAUCAAUGAGCCCUGGGCCGGGGAUAUCUAUGCAAAUCCGCUGCUUCUUGUUCCAAAAGUAGCAGAUAAAAUGAACUUAGCACCCGUCUACGAAGUUCUAAGUAAAGCUAUCCGACAGUACGAUAAAGAACACUGCAUCUUCUUCGAAGGAGUAACUUGGGAUGACUUUGGCGUCGGUUUCGACACCGUACCAGGGGGAGAGGCGUAUCGAAACAGGAGUGUACUCAGCUAUCAUUACUACAGCCCCCCUUCUUUAUCCCUGAUCGACAACUUCAAGGCGCGGAAAAAAGAUCUAGAGAGGUUAAAAUGCGGAGGAAUGAUGACGGAGUUUUUUACCAGCGCUGGAGAGAUUGAGCCUAUGGUUAAAACCAUGGAUGCUGCUGAUAAGUACCUUCAGUCGUGGAUUGGGUGGGAGUAUAAAGCGUACCACCCCUCCCGUCCUGACCUGAAAGGAAACAGGCGCUCUGCUCUGUGGAAUGGGACAGGACUCAAUCAAAUUUAUGUUCAAAGCACAACUCGUACUUAUCCUCAGGCCGUCGCAGGAUAUACUUUAAAAUUCAGAUUUGAUUUGUCCUCGAAAGAAUUUGUUUUAGUUUAUGAAGUAUCUGAAACGUGUCACGCAACCAAAUCUGUGGUAUAUUUGAACGAAGAGGUGCACUACCCAUCCGGUUAUACCGUGGCUGUCACGCCAUCCUCUGUGGAAUGGUCCUCCGAGACGAAAAACAUGCUCACUUUUAGUCAUCCUACAUCUUUGCCGGUUGGGUCUAACGUGGCGAUCACAAUUAACAAAAAAUGAAACAGAGAAAAUUCAGUAUAAACAUGGCA